CUGCGAUGUGUGUACCUCAGUUCACGGUGUGCUCUCUCUGGCAACAGAUAUAAGCAGUGUGUGUGGUAUCUAGGGUAUUGCCCUGUAACAAACAGCAGAAGCAGCCAGCUGGGCAGUACACACAUCCUCACUGGUACACAUUGAACCUCUUGAUAUGACGACUAAAGAAGAGGAAGCAGGUUGCAGCAGUCAACAUGGAGGCAUCCCUCCUACACCUGCUCCACGCCUUUCACCUCCCUGCUCUAACCCUUCAUCCUCCACACGUGCUGGUUUUGCUGCCUCCACCAUUAGCGGAGGAGGAUGUCAGGAGGUUCGGGCACUGCGGCUGGUGGGCAAGAGGGGCAAAGAAAAGGAGGCAGAGUACCCAGUCAAGACAGUUCGACAGCUGGCACGGGUGAACCUGGCAGUUUCAGCUAUCAUCUUCCUGUGUCAGCUGGUGGUAGCGGCCUGUCUGUGUCGGCCGGUGGUAAUAAUGGCAGGCGUGUGGGUGGGCAUCCUGGUGCUGGUGCAGGCCAUCCUGGGACUUCGAGCAGCCAACACUAACUUUUCUCAAGCCCUAGUGGUGGGCCACGCAUGGGUGUCUGGUGUAGUGUGUGUGGUAUGUCUGGCCGCAGCUGGCUAUCUCUGCUCCAACCACCUCACACUGGCCUGCAUCUCCACUUUCCACAGGCCAGAUCACUCCUCAGUGGUGCGACUGUACGUCGUGGAAGUGGUGGCUCUGGUAGAAUCUCUUCCCUGUCUCACAGGUGCUAUCGUCUCUCUCCUAGGAGCUGCCCUCUCUGCCCGUGCUGCCUGUCCUCCCAAGCAAAAACCGGAGACGCCAUUUGUGCUGUAUCUGCCACGCUGGGAAGAAGGUACAUACGGCAGUGACCAACACACAGUCAUCAGAUCACAAGCCACACAACCAUCUGCACCUGGUUCAGCCAACCAGAGUGUACAGAGGAACAACUCUCCUCCUCCUUCAUAUAACCAGAUAGCCGAGGAAUCAUUUGCUUAGAGCUUGUAUUGUAAAAUUGGCUGCCAUACAGUAGAUCAUUAUAUUUACGCUGAAGCUCUGAAACCGUAGGUAUUAUGCAGCUUCUGAGGAAGGGUAGAUUAGUUUGAUUUCUUGAAUCAAGAACUCUUCGCCACCAUCCAUUCCCUUCUUCCUCUUGAAGGGUUCAACAUGUUCCUAUUCAUAACUAUGUGAAAUCUCACAAUCUGCAGUGGUGUGUUGUACUUAGCCUAUUAUCCUCUAUGACAUCCACUUGAAUUCUCGAUUUUUUCUGUAACAUUGUCAAAAACCAGGAUGCUUGAAAUUUGAAUUAUUUUUCCAGUAGAAAGGCUAAUUCCACUACAGAUGAUAUGCAGUAUAUCUUUUAUUUUUCCACUCAGUCAUUGCAUUUCUCUAUGCAAAAUAAGUUAAGUAUCCCGAAGGACUUUUUCGAGUUACAUGUAUAUAAUAUUUGACAGGUAGAAACACUAGGAGGAACAAAUGCGAAAGUUUAAUAUAAAUGUUUCCGUGGCUAAGGUAGACUCACAGUGAAGACAAAAAUACGAGCUGCAGAAGAAGUGUUUAUUGAAAUAAAGUUUCACACAAACAUAAGGUUGUAAAAUAAAAAGACACAAGUGCAACUAAUGUGACAUUUUGCUGAGGCCACAAUAAAAUUUCACAUUAGUUGCACUUGUGCCCUUUUACUUUACAUAUUGUCGGUAAUUCUACCAACAUUAUUACAAACAUAAACUUGUUUAGCAACUUGUGUCUGUAUUUGUGUCUGUCUUUAUGCUCGUUGGCGUUACACCAUUUACAUAGACUUAUUGUUAGGAUUAAACGAUUAAAUUAUUUAUUUUUUUGUUUUUUUAAACACGUUCCACGUUUAUACCGCUGAAUUAAUAUUUGCACAUUAAUGAAAGCUGUAAACGGAAGGCAGAGUUACAAAUUUUCAAGCAGGAAAGUCGUGGGUGUUCCGUAAUGUGCAAUUUUCUAUGACAAACUGCAGGUCGUGCUAGUAACUGAGGCUGGAGACGUUGACAGCUGCUAACCUGCCCCUUCCUUCCCUCCUCAAGAAUUACUCUAGGAAAUUUUCUUAUAUCUAUAGUGUACAUGUGAGUAAGAAACAUGUAAGAAUGCAUAAGUUCUCAGUAAUACCAUACUAUUUCCACUUGUAAUGUAUGCUUAUAGUUAAAUUAGUAAUUUGUAUCAAUACACAUUCUAGCCUGGAAAUA